AUGGAGGCGAGCACCAACCUGCAGGGUGACUCGACGUCCCCGGAUAUCCCUCCCCCCACAAUCUCCACCUCUGCCGUGGAGUCUCUGACUGCUGAAGACUUGCCUGCAAAGUCGAACAAGCGUCGGAACCCAGGGACCAGUUUGCGGGGAGUCGCCAAUCUGACGCCAGAGCGUCUGGAAAAGAAGCGCGCAAAUGAUCGAGAAGCGCAACGCGCGAUACGCGCGCGCACCAGGCAUCAGAUCGAAAAUCUUGAGCGGAGAAUUAUCGAAUUAACUUCGCAGCAACCCUAUCAGGAGCUUCAAUAUCACCUACGGCAAAAGGAAGCUGUCCAAGCGGAGAAUGCAGAAAUACGAAGAAGGUUGUCCUCAGCCUUAGCCAUUUUGCAGCCUCUCUUAGGCUCACACAAAUUUAAUGAAUUCACACCUCCGCAUCCACCAGCUCAAGUCGGUCCUUAUCAUCCCUCAAUUGCAGGUAUCCAGGGCUACCCCAGCCCAGCCGACAACGAUGCGCCAAUAGUGCAGUCGUCCCAGGCACCAGCUGCAUGUGAGCCUCAACGAGACGCGCUCGGCUCAGCAGGCUCAACGUUGGAUGGAAUGGGUCCAGCCCCUUCAUGGCGCACUGCGGCCGUACCGGCGCCUGUCGGUCCAUCUAAAACCUGGUCUCCUGUCCAUUCUGUUGGCUCUCAAAGAGAAUCAUUAGGGCGGGGGAUAGAUGUGGGCACCUCGCGAGAGCGAUUAGGCUGGGACUUUCUACUUGAUCACCGUCAACGUCUGCCCUCUUUCGGAAAUGAACCUCUUCCGCCAGCCGGACCCCACAGCGAUGCUGCUGGUCAACCAAUCCCCUUCGAUCCCCAGCGCGUCGAGCCACGGAGUAGAGCAUCGGUGAGCACGCCAACACCUCAAUUGGGCCUUGAUCCAGCAACCGUAGAUUCGGACGGAAUCUUCCAGGCAUAUACAGCAGCUCCUCGAAAUUGUGCAGCCACAUGUCCGUUAGAUAGCAUUUUGCUCGACUUCAUUGCAGAGCGACGGCAGCAGAUUGCGGAUGGCGUGCCCGAGAAAAGUGUUGUGGGCCCGCCGAUUCCCAAUUUUGCAUCACUUCUUCACCCAGAGCGAAGUUUAUACUCUCAUCCCUUGUCCAAAGUGCUGACCGAUAUCUUGUCGCGCUUUCCUGCCUUAUCUGCCCUUCCCGAGAAAAUCGCCGUGCUUUGUGGCAUGUUUUAUUUCUUGCAGUGGCAAGUAUCCUCGACAAAAGAGCGCUAUGACCGACUUCCGGAGUGGUUGGUCCCUUGGCCAUCUCAAAUACUUGUUCCCCAUCCAGUGUGGAUCGAUUAUCUUCCUUGGCCUCGUAUGCGCGACAAGUUGGUCUAUCACUACCAUGAAUAUCCAUUUGAAGACUUCUUUGCGCCUUUUACGACUACUCUCUCCAUUAAUUGGCCAUAUAAUCCUGCCGACACGCUGAUGACGAAACCCGAAUCGGAAGAGCUUGUCCUCAGCCCGCUCUUCAAUCGCCAUUUUCAGAAUUUACAUAAUUGGUCUCUUGGUCCCGCUUUUGCCGCAGCGCUUCCUGGGCUGGCUGAGACCGCAAGGAUAGAAGGGGGUACAGAAAGACCAUUUAUGUCACAGAGGAGUCAAGAUACAGCCCAUGCACAAGUCUUGUCAUCUCAUCCUCGAGGCUGA